UUCUCUCUAUCCGUCUCUCUCUCUCUCUAUUUAGGCCCCUCCAAGAGUCCAGCUCCACUCUUUGCCUAAUUGCCUUGGCACAAAAAUAUACAUAGAGAGAGAAUUGAAUGAAUUCAUCUUCAUACAAACGUACAUAAAUGCGAGCGAGUAUAGAGACAAGAAGAAAUUCAAAAACCCAGUUGUAAAAGAAGGGGAGAAAGUGUGUGGGUUUUCUCUCCUUGUUUCUGUUUGAAUUUUUCUCUCUGGACCUUGGGCUGGGUUCGGAGAUUUAGGGUUUCUUUUCUUCUGCAGAAGUGAUGCCCAUCUUGGAUAUGUACAAUUCAAGCUGAGAUAUAUUUGUUUGAUAUGUGUAUAACUUUUUUUAGGGUUUAAAUUUUCUUUGUAAAGAAGGGUGUGUUUUAGUAUAAUAAUCUGAUAUGGAUGGGAGGAGAAUAACGGCGAGUCCGAGACCGUGCUGUGGGCGGCGAGUGGUGGCGAAGAAGCGGCCCCGUGGUGGUCUAGAUGGGUUUGUGAACAGCGUGAAGAAGCUGCAGAGAAGGGAGAUAUCCUCGAAGCGCGACCGCGCUUUCAGCAUGAGUGAUGCUCAGGAGCGGUUCCGCAACAUCCGCCUGCAGGAGGAAUAUGAUACUCAUGAUCCCAAGGGAUAUUGUUCUCUGUCAUUGCCAUUUCUGAAGAAGAGAUCAAAGAUUAUUGAGAUAGUUGCUGCCCGUGAUAUUGUCUUUGCUCUUGCGCAAUCUGGUGUAUGUGCAGCUUUUAGCCGAGAGAGUAAUCAGAGGAUAUGCUUCCUGAAUGUUUGUCCUGAUGAAGUCAUUCGGAGCUUGUUUUACAACAAAAAUAAUGAUUCGCUCAUCACUGUUUCAGUUUAUGCUUCAGAUAACUUUAGUUCCUUAAAAUGCAGAACCACAAGGAUCGAAUACAUACGGAGAGGUAAACCUGAUGCUGGUUUCGCGCUGUUUGAGUCCGAGUCAUUGAAGUGGCCUGGUUUUGUGGAAUUUGAUGAUGUAAAUGGGAAGGUUCUUACAUAUUCUGCACAAGACAGCAUAUACAAGGUGUUUGAUUUGAAAAACUAUACAAUGCUCUACUCCAUUUCGGAUAAAAAUGUUCAAGAGAUUAAGAUCAGUCCAGGAAUAAUGCUAUUGAUAUUUACAAAAACCCAAGGUGGUGUUCCUUUGAAGAUUCUCUCUAUUGAGGAUGGAACUGUUCUUAAAUCUUUUAGCCAUCUCCUUCAUAGAAACAAGAAGGUGGAUUUCAUUGAACAAUUCAAUGAAAAGCUUCUCGUCAAGCAAGAGAACGAGAAUCUCCAGAUCGUUGAUGUACGCAAUACGGAGAUAACAGAAGUCAGCAGGACCGAGUUCAUGACACCAUCGGCAUUUAUAUUCCUGUACGAGAAUCAAUUAUUCCUGACGUUCAGAAACCGAACUGUUGCUGUUUGGAACUUCAGAGGCGAGCUUGUGACCUCAUUUGAGGAUCAUCUUUUAUGGCAUCCUGAUUGCAAUACUAACAACAUAUACAUCACAAGUGAUCAGGAUCUCAUCAUUUCAUAUUGCAAAGCGGAGACGGAUGAACCAUUAUCGGAUGGAAAUGCGGGUUCAAUUAACAUCAGCAAUAUCUUGACCGGGAAGUGCCUUGCAAAGAUAAAGGCGAGCAACAGUCUUCCGAAGAACGAGUGCAACUGCAGCGCGAGUUGUGGUGGCAGAAACUGCAACUCAAAGAAGCGUAUCAAAGCUUCCGGAAUAAGGAGCACUGUAGCAGAGGCCCUGGAAGAUAUCACUGCUCUCUUCUACGAUGAAGACCGCAAUGAAAUCUAUACCGGAAACAGGCUCGGUCUUGUCCAUGUCUGGUCUAACUGAAGGCUGCUAGUAGCUUCAUUUCCAUGUGGAAGGAAAAUUUAGGAUCCUUGCUGCUCUGGUGAAACGAAAUCCAUUAGUUCGGCAGUUUGAUGCCUUGUAGUAGUCUGUCUCACCCCCAUGAAGGGGGAUGGAUAUAUUCGCUGCUAUGGUAUACAUUGUAAGAGCCUUGGUUUGUUAUUUUGAUAAUUCGGGUCGUAUCAUCUGUGUUGUAGAUGUGUUUGAUAACAUGAGGCUCUCAAGUGAGAGCUAUAGCAAGCUGUGCUAGUUGUGUAAUUUGUGUUUGCAUUACAAUUUGCUGUGAUAGUGCAACUGGUUGUGGAAGGUAGUCUGGAAAUUGCUUCCUUGUGUUUAUAGCUGAAUGCACGUUUCUUUCCUUGAACAAAAUUGCUUCAUGUC